AAAUCAAUGAAUCGAAACUGUAGUUUCAACUGGACAAACGUCUCCUCCGCCAUACUCUUCCUCACUGUCUCCGAUCGUUGGCCAGCUCAUCUCCAUUUCCCCUGCUUUAACCGUUCAUUCUUCUCUGUCAAACGCGGUUUGGGGGCAAAAACCCUGCUCCGCUCAAAAGAAAAGAACCAUAGGAUUAAGCCUUGUUUGUUUUAAAUAACAAUGAACUUCGAUUUGGACAAGCUGAGACGCGGUGACGCUACCCUUGACAAAUGUUUAAAGGAUUGCGAGAGCAUGAUUCAAAAGAGUCUCAACAAUCCCUUGGUGAAGACCUUGAGGGAACAGAUGGAGAAAGCUGGGUGUCCUGUUAAAGACAAAUUCUUCAAAGCUACAAUCUGUUUAAAUUCUUAUGGUGGCGUGUUUACGCCCGGUAAGGGUAUAACCGUCUGCGCAAAUAAGAAACAAAAUCAAGACAAUGUUACGCAGGUGAUAAUUCAUGAGCUAAUUCAUGCGUUCGAUGACUGUAGAGCUGCAAACAUGGAUUGGACUAACUGUGCUCAUCAUGCUUGUAGUGAGAUAAGAGCUGGUCAUUUAAGUGGUGAUUGUCAUUAUAAACGGGAACUUUUGCGAGGGUUUCUGAGAAUAAAAGGGCAUGAACAAGAAUGCAUCAAAAGAAGAGUCAUGAAAUCAUUGGCUUCAAAUCCGUUUUGCGCUGGUUCAGCUGCCAAGGAUUCUAUGGAUGCUGUAUGGAAUACUUGUUAUAACGAUACAGCGCCAUUUGAGAAAGCUCCUUAAAAAUUUAGCAACCAUUGUUUCCAUUCUUUGGCUUCAUACUAGCUAAGGUGAGCACAAAUAUAGUUCAAAUUAAUAAAUGACUUAUUUUUUAAGCUGAUAUAUCUCUUUAUCUUUUGGCAAGGUGUAACUUAGUUUCUUCUUAUUGGUUUUGGCUUGCCAUCUAUGUAUGGUAUAGCAACCAUUGAUACCAUUAUAACACUUGUGUUGUAUGUACAUUGAAUCCAACAUUGCUUGGUUGUUACUGGACUAUGGUAUAGCAGCCAUUGGUACCAUUAUACUAGUCAUUAGUAGUAUCAGAA